AUGCCCGUGGAUCAGGCUGUCCCCCCAGCUGCACCGGAAGAAGCAGAUCACAACAGACACCAGGACCAGCGGGAUCCCUUCAUAGUGGCCAACCUGGAUGUGUUGGCCAGCCGCCACCAGGCCUUCUGCCAGGCCCUUCCCAGGGUUACACCCUUCUAUGCAGUGAAAUGCAACAACAGCCCCAACGUGCUGCGUGUCCUGGCUGCCCUGGGCACCGGAUUCGACUGUGCCAGCCAGAUGGAGCUGGAGCAGGUACUAAGCCUGGGUGUGGCCCCCUCCCGCAUCAUCUACGCCAACCCCUGCAAGCCCAUCUACCACAUCCGGUUUGCUGCUUAUCAUGGGGUGCAACUGAUGACCUUUGACUGCGAGGAGGAGCUGAUCAAGGUGGCCCAGCACCACCCCGGGGCCAGACUGGUCAUCCGCCUGUGGACUCAGGACAGCAACAGUACCUUCCCCCUGAGCACCAAGUUUGGGGCCAAACUGGAAUUGUGUGAGCACCUGCUCAAGUCUGCCAGAGACCUGGGGUUGGCUGUGGUGGGAGUCAGCUUCCACGUGGGCUCUGACUGCCACUCGCCCCAUAGCUUCACACAGGCCAUCGAGGAUUGCCGGCAUGUGUUUGAGAUGGCCCGUGGGGUGGGGCAUGACAUGAGCCUCCUGGACAUUGGAGGGGGCUUCCCUGGAGCAGAGGGAUCGGAGUCUAGGUUUGAGGAGAUUGCAAAACUGAUAAAUGCCUGUCUGGCCCGGGACUUCCCUGAGAGGAGUGGUGUCAAGGUCAUAGCUGAGCCUGGACGCUUCUAUGCAGAGUCUGUCUCCAUGGCUGCUGUCAACAUCAUUGCCAAGAAGGCUGUGCUGGAGCCUGGAGGCCAGCGCAAGCUGCUGUACUACCUCAACGAGGGACACUAUGGCAUCUUCCGCCUCUUCCUGAGACAGCCUGUCUUUAGGGCACCCAUCGUUGUGAAGGAGCUCUGCUCAGACCCACCCCUCUUCCCCUGCACCCUCUAUGGCCCCACGUGUGAUUCCUUUGACAAGCUCUUCUUGGAGGAGGUGAAGCUGCCUGAGCUGGACGUGGGCGAUUGGCUUGUCUUCUCCUCCAUGGGUGCCUAUACAUCAGUCAUGAGUUCCAGCUUCAAUGGAUUUUUGCCUGCUUCCAUCUUCUACGCUGUGGGACCUGAGCUAAGGAGCCUGCUGGAGCCAGCGCCGGAGGCCGGAACCUGUCCAGUGUGGAGGGGCUGCAGACCUAGCUUUGCUGCUCAGACUAUCUCGGACUCUCCAUCUCUGCAAACGGUCCUCCCUGACUAUGGAGUCAGCCGUACCAACCUUGCUGCUCAGAUCAGUCAAGACUAGAAGAAUCUUCCAGAGCCCCUGAG